UUUUCGAAUUGAAGGAGCAGCAGAGUGGUGGGGGUGCAAGCAGUGCAAGUGCAACUGAAGAGAAAAGGGUUACAGCACAAAGUGUGGGACUAUACAAGCGUGAAGUAUGGCAGACGGUGACAACAAAAGUGCGAAUCUCAUGGCACAGGAGACAGCUCAGCUGGAGGAGCAGCUGCAGGGAUGGGGUGAGGUGAUCCUGGCCGGGGACCAGGUCCUGCGCUGGGAGAAGGCAUGGUUCCCUGGAGCCCUCAUGGGUGUCACCACUCUCCUCUUCACGCUUGUCUACUACUUGGACCCCUCUGUGCUGACCGGGCUGUCCUGCACCGUCAUGAUUAUGUGCCUGGCUGACUACUUGGUGCCCACUCUCGCUCCCCGGGUCUUUGGCUCCAACAAGUGGACGACGGAGCAGCAGCAGCGCUUCCAUGAGAUCUGCAGCAACCUGGUGAAGACCCAGCGCCGUGUGCUCGGCUGGUGGAAGCGCCUGUUCGCACUCAAGGAGGAAAAGCCCAAAAUGUACUUCAUGUCGGUCAUCAGCAGCCUGGUGGUUGUGGCCUGGAUUGGACAGCAGGUCCACAAUCUCUUCCUCACUUAUCUGAUCGUGAGUUUCCUGCUGCUUCUACCUGGCCUCAACCAGCACGGCAUCAUCACCAAGUACGCCGGCAUGGCCAAGAGGGAGAUCAACAAACUGCUCAAACAGAAAGAGAAGAAGAACGAGUAGAGGAAAAGUCGAUUCAACUGUGGAGGUGUUAUUUUUGUGGUGAUUUUUGAAGAAGGAAUUGUGCAAAAAGUUUGAAGAUGGAUAACCAAUGCCGCUCCCCCCACCCUCUCCCCAACACCACCUUGCUCAGAUGAAGACCAAUUCGAAAAGCUCUUGCCAGAGCCAGACUAUAGUCCCAUAGUCCUGCUCUAGUCUGCAGGUGGGGUGUGCUGACUUCUCUUUUUUUUUGGUUUUUAAAGGAUUUGCAUAUGCAUGCAGCAUUCACACUGGGUUUCUCUUUGCUGCCUGCAGCAGUCUCACCCCCAUCCAAGUACCGUAGUUCUGCUCAUGUCAGCUUAGGCACGGGUUAUGGUUUUACAGCAUCUGAUGUACAUCGACCCAUGUUGCUAUAAGUAACUUCUAAGUCUGAAUUCUUUUUUUGUUUUGUUUUUCUAAGUUAAUGUUUUGUGUUUUCUUUUCAAAGCCAUUCCCAUUUCUUAAAGUAAGGGAGGCAACUACUAUAGCAGUAUGGUGUAGAGCCACAACCGGAAUAUACUUUAGAUUGCCCUUUAAGAAGACCCGUGUGUGUUUUUAAACUAUGGACAGUAGCCUUAGCUUUUUUUUUUCUGUGUUCUGGGUGGCGGUGACGCUGAUAUAGAGUCCACUUGGGUUGGUUGCAACAGCAGUAGUUGCUUGGUAUCAUUGUUUUUUAAAAACUUAAGAUUGCACUGACACUAGAUGAAACUGGAGUUCCAAGCUGUCCGUGUGUGUGUGGAGAAUCACUGCUGUACUGUUCACUGUUAGGCCCUGUGCUCAGCAUCCCAGUGAUGCUUCUGCAGCGCUCAUUCGCUCUCUCGUUCAGGUCACUUUUGUAAAUAUGUAACCUCUUACCUUUUCUUUUCUCUUUGUCUUAUCCAUGUUUUACCUCAUUCGAGCCCUCCUGUCCUGUGUGUUUUCCUGCCCUUUUCUUUCAAUCUUUUUUUGACAACUAUGAAAUUAAUAAAGUCUGGUUUAAAAUUGGAA